UCGGGAAAGGUAGAGCAGUAAGGAGAAGAACAAAAAGAAAAGGGAAGAAGAGAGAGAAGAGAAAGGAGGAAAAAAGCAGGGCCGACUUUUUCAAGCUUGAGUUAUCCAUUCCUCCGAUUUCUCCUUAGUGUAGCUACAGAGAAAAGAAAGGACAUGGGUUCUCGGCUACAAAUUCAGGGGGAUGAAUCGGUUCUUUUACGUGUCACCCAUUCUAACAUCAAAAGUUUUUCAGCUGACGUUCGAUUCUCUCUACAGAUGACAGUAGAAGCUGUAAAAGAGAAGUUGUGGAAGAAAUGUGGUACUUCUGUCAAUUCCAUGUUCCUCGAGCUUUAUGACGAUACUGGAGCUAAAAUUGCAGACGUAGGUGAUGAUGCAAGAUCCCUGGGUUUUUAUUCCCCACAAGACGGUUUCCGGCUGCAUGUCAUCGAUCAGGACCCAUCAUCUGUAACAUCUGGGGGUUGGCUGGAAGACACGUCACUUGUUGAGAAAUACAAAAUUUCUGAAGAGGCAUAUGAGAAACGUGAUGGUACUUUCAGAAAGUUCAAGGAAAAAUUUGGACAUCAACAUCCAUCUGAUCACGAGUCUAAAAUUUCGGACAACUUCAUGGAGGAUUUCUGUGCAAAUAUAAAGGUGGGGGAUAGAUGUCAAGUUGAACCAGGGGAGAAGAGAGGGGUCGUCAAAUUUGUGGGGCAGGCAGAAACUCUUGCACCUGGUUUUUGGGUUGGAAUUCAGUAUGAUGAACCUUUGGGAAAACAUGAUGGCAUGGUGAAAGGAAAGCGAUAUUUUGAUUGCCCUCCGCUUCAUGGUGGAAUGGUCAGACCAGACAAAGUGAAGGUUGGUGAUUUUCCUGAACAAGAUCCGUUUGAGGAAGAGGAAAUAUGAGUCUCGAAAAAAAAGGCUUUUAUGUUUCACUCCUGAUUAAUUUCAAACUAAAUUCAGAGCCACUUCUAUGAUUUCUGGAAUGACAAGCCUGAAGGAAAACUUAGCAUUUCGUGCUAUGAUUAAUUGCAUGGCAAUGGCAUGACUGCUAAAUUUAUAAUUGUUUUCUGGUUUGGUGAAUGCAGCUUUACUUGAUGAUUUGAUUAAUGUCUGCAAUUGCAGCCAACAGAUCUUACAUUUACAUGAUUUUCUUUUGUGGAGUUUUUCGUGCA